AUGGCCACCAUAAUAACCCACACCCAACCAUCACGUCUCCACCGCUUCCAACAAGCAAUGUCAAGUGUAUACGGAGAUCUCUCCACCAUCACAGACCCAUCGAACUGGACCCCCCCUCCCAAAUCCGGCGGCCAUCGCGGCCGAUAUCUCUGGACAGACGCCUUCGGCGUCCUCAACUUCCUCACCCUCCACCAGGAAACAAACGCACUCGCUCCAACCGGCUCCAAAGACGACAAAUACCUAAUCCUCGCUCGCCGUCUCGUCGACACAGUCCACAACAUCCUCGGCCGCACGCGCGAUGGCACCGCUCGUCUCCCCGGCGCAACAGACCAAGAGCCCCUCUGGGGCGGAUUACGAAUUGGCAAAAUGGACGAACGAGGCCCCGACGGAGACGGCCAGUAUCAUCAUUAUCUGACGAUAUGGAUGUUCGCUCUAAACCGCGUAUCGCUCGCGAGCGGUGAUCCGCAAUAUAACCGUCUGGCGGUGCAGCUGGCGGAGGCGAUUCAUCCGCGGUUUUUCAUUAAUCGCAAAUCAACCAGGCCGCGAAUGGUUUGGAAGAUGGCGAUGGAUCUGUCGAUUCCGUUGGUUUCGUCAGAGGGGAAUCUAGAUCCGAUUGAUGGGUAUGUGGUGUUUAGGCUCCUGCAGGCUGCGGCUAUGGAGAUGAAUGAGGGGAAGAAGCUUGAUGAGGAGAUUGGGGAUUAUAAACGUGUGAUGGAGAGAAAGGGGGAGCAUUUCGUCUCGAGUGAUCCAUUGGAUUUGGGAAUGACGCUGUGGACGGCGCAUUGGUUUGCGGAUAGGGAGGAGUGGGCGACGAGGUUGACGGGGAGGUGUUUUGAGCAGAUUUACGAACUAUUCGAAAUCGACCGAUAUCUAGAACGAAACAUCAGAUAUCGUCUCGCAUUCCGCGAAUUCGGCACCGCGCUAGGCAUCAGAUGCCAAUCUGAACGAACCGCAGACGACAAAGAGCGUACUAAGGAUUUGACCAGCUACGCGGAUGCAAUUGUUGACGUCUGGGAUCCGUAUAUGGAUGUGUCCUUGUCGGACGGGUUUGAUGAGGAUGAUCUUAGACCUAUCACGAGGGUGAUGUAUGCGACGGCGUUGAUUCCGGGAGGUAAGUCUACGUCUACUUUGGUCCUUGGAUACCUGGAUACUUUGUUAUGCUCCGUCAAGUGGGAUAGCAUGUGUGCUCAUCGUUCUAUUUUAGCAUUUCGAUCUGGGUAUCUGGGUCCGGAACCGAAGACGAUUCCUUAG